AUGAACGGAUCCUCCUCACUGUCCAAAAUCUUGGACCCUCAGCCUCCUCUACUGGACCAGCAGCACCCCCAGCAGUCGCUUCACAAUCACACUCCAAGCAGCGCAUCUUACCCCGGCGACGCCACGCAAUACAACGAUCCCCCAUCCGGACCCAGCACUGCCAGUCCGACAGUAGCAGCCUCGACAGAUUCUUUUCAGCCCGACAAGUCUUCCACACCGACGCCUCGCAAAGGCCAUGUAGGGAGCAAUUUAUACGCCUGCCGUGAUUGUGGCCGCUCAUACUCACGACCCGAACAUCUCGUUCGACAUGUCCAAACACAUACCCUAGGUCGACGCUUCAUCUGCGAAAUCUGCCAAAAGUCUUUCGCUAGGAAGGACCUCCUACGUCGGCACGUCGCGAACCAUGCCAAUGAUUCUCCUGCAAAGCGUCGCCGUAAGCAAACCUCACCAGGACCGGGUCGUGUUUCUCAGGCUUGUCGGCCAUGCGCCACUGCCAGGGUCAAAUGUGAAGAAACGAAGCCGUGUAAGCGCUGUGUCUCCAGAAAGCUUGAGUGCGUCUCAUCUGAGGUGAGCCAUGGGCAGUCAAAGAGCAUCGCGCACUUUCCGGCCGAAACAAACCACCAGACGGUGACUACAGAAUCGAGCGAGCCGUCUCCGACAACGCAUCACCUUCACCACCCCAAUCCCAAUACGGUCAGCUCUGUCCCAGCUGCGCAUACCAACACGACACCUGGAUCGCAAACCACCCCGCUAGCUCUUGAAGACGGUCAAUUGCCAACACCUGAGAGCGCACAGGAGCACAACCACCAAAUGGCGUACAGUUACGUACAGCAUUCAACAGAACAAAUGGACGGCUCACAACUACUGGCGCAACCUCCCGGCAAUAUGAUGGAUCCAACGACAGUGCCCUUCUUCGACUUCCUGCGAGAUGUACUCUACGACCAGCCUUUCGACCCGUCACGAAAUGCAGACCCUCACGGACUUGACGUUUUGGAUUUCUGCGACAACGCUAGUCUGGAAAUGACUGACAUGGACUUUGGGCUCUUGGAUAACUGGAAUCUGGACCUCAUGGGAAAUAUACCCCGAUUAAAGCGAGAAGGUAGUAUCAGUCGCCCUGAAACAGCGAGUGAAGUGGCACAGAUGCGCAAUGCACUUGUCAGAGGCUGGGCAGCGUCCCCUUGGCGCUGGCAGCCAAAGGAUCAUGAUACAGGCUAUACGGAACUGGGACAUAUGCCAGUCAGCAGUAGCCAAGCCGCCAGGAUGCAUUUGAAGAGAGGCGACAACCAAGCUUUUCGAGUUUCAGGGGAGAAACUAGAGCAGUCUGGACGAGACAGACUGCUUUCUUCGGUGCUAAGUACCUGCAAGACUGAAAUCAGUAGAAAUCAGGUCGCUGCAUCGUUUCCUACAGUUGAGUUGAUGGAUAGCAUGAUUCACAUUUUUCUGGCAGCGCAUGCGUGCCAAGUCUCUGGCUGGAUCCAUUUCCCAACCUUUCGACUGAACGAGCAGUGGCCUGAGUGGAUAGGGACCGCUGCAGCUGCCGGUGCGGUGUCUACACCGGUGCCGACGCUUCGAAAGUUUGGGUUUGCUGUGCAAGAAGCCAUUCGAAUCACGAUCCCUUCUCGGUUCGAGGCCAACAACACCGCAAUUCAAAACCUCGGUCUCGUCCAAUCUCUCAUCCUUUGGGAAGACAUCGCCCUUUGGAGUGGAAAUCGACGCAAAAUGGAGAUUGCAGAAUGUCACCUGGUCAUUCCAGUGACUAUGAUGCGGUAUCGUGGCAAGUUUCAACGGGCCAACUACCCGUUGAUAGAAGUCAAUGCAAUGGACGAAGGGCAAGCUCUCGAAGAGAAAUGGAAAACGUGGGUGGAGCGGGAGCAGUGGAAACGGCUGGUUUUCCACUGCUACCUUCGCGAAGCACAGGCGUCCAUGACAACCUUGACGAACCCGUGCAUGUCAUAUGGAGAACUGACGCUGCCACUACCAGAAUCGAGGGAAUUGUGGUUUGCCGGGACGGCGAUAGAGUGGAAAGCAAAAUACAUGGAGCGUCAUUCGGGGCAAAGCAAGCGGCCGCCGUCGCUGGGAGAUUUGUUCUAUGAGGUGCACAAGCUUCGUGGCAACGCAUCGCGAUUGGAUCUUCAGCUUUCCAUAUCAAUAUAUUUGCAUGGAUUCUGGAGCCUGAUCCUGGAGUAUCGUCAGCUGUGCGCGGUGCACCGAACCCGAUCAUACACGAGCAGCGGGAGCUCAACGGCCAGCUUACUGCUCAACUCGCGGCACCAAGAGCUGGUCAGAGAGCUGCAAAAUUUCCAGCUGGUGGCCGGAGAAUGGCCAGAUAUGUCGGUGCAAGAACAAGUGGUACUGCAUCUGCUGCAGAUGAACCUCCACGUCUCGCUGGAUGAUUUGCAGCUCUUCUCGGGCAAAGAGGGUGAGGAGCAGGCACGCCGCAUCUACCCCGUGCUCCAGCAAUGGGCGGCAAGCGCGGCGGCGCGGAGCGCCGUGUUCGCCGCGGGUCAAAUUCUACGGUGCGCCAAGAUGUUCCCGCCAGACCACCUGAACGGGUUCUAUGCCGUCGCGGUGCACCACGCGGCGCUGGCCCUGUGGACAUACGGCGUGGUCCUCAAGGCGAAUCGGCAGCAGACAAUGGCUUCGCAGUAUGCAUACGGCAACGUGUAUCUCGACGACCAGGACUCAUUGUCGGUGCAGAGAUUCAUUGGGUUUGACCAGGGCCGGCCGCUGAUUCGUAGUCCGGCGCCGCAGCGAGACGCGACAGGGGAGGCGACGCUGCAGGAUAGCAGGGCCUGCAUGUUGAUAUGCGAGGAAAUUUUGCGCGCCAAUGUGUCUCACGGAAAGGAAGCCACGCCGCCGAUUGUGGAAAACCUAUGCCAUUUGAUCCGGCAGCUUGGCGAUGCGGCAUGGGCCGUCGGAUUGGGUUAG